AUGGCGUUGCGAUACUGUGGCCGUUUUCCACGACCUGGGGUUUCUGAUUUAUACGGGAGAGGCUCUGAUUUAUACGAAAGAGUCAAAGAUGUGGCCAGCGAAGCAAGGGGAUUCUACAAUAAGGAAGGAUUGAAUAAUAUCGAUGAUAAGGUAUUCACAAAAAUGAUGUUUCUUGAUGGUUGCUUCAUUCUGGAAUUCAUUAUUAUGUGCUUGCCGAUGAGAGAAGAGAAGUAUCAUAGUAAUAUGAUAGCUAAUGUCAAGCAAGACUUGUUCUUGUUAGAGAACCAACUCCCUUACAUUGUCCUCAAGAAGUUAAUGGAGGACAAUAAACAACAUUGGAAGAUGAUGAUUGAAAUAUUCAUCAUUAUCUGGCGAAGACUUCAUCCUGCAGUCAAACCAGAAGAUAAAUCUCCUCUUCACCUUCUAGACAUGAUGAGGGCAAGAUUUGUGAUACAACGUGCUACUGUCCCCGGUAGAAAAUCUCAAAUAUCUGGGACCGAUGAUCGGAGAAGCAGUUCCGACGAAAGGUUCAGCCUCAACAGAACAGCCAGUGAUUGGUACUUUUAUCAUCCAGCCACGAUGCUCAAGUCUAUGGGAAUCCAGUUCAGACCAAACAAAACAAGUAAUCUUAGCGAUGUCAAGUUUGAAUCUUAUCGACUGGCCAGGGGAGUGCUCACACUUCCUCCAAUAGGUAUAGAUGCCUCCACCAGAUCUCUGCUGCUCAACUUGUUGGCUUUUGAAUCAAGUUGUCAUAACAAAUUGGCAUACAACAGGCAGCAGGGUGUCGUCCCCUCUUAUAUAUGCUUCAUGGACUCACUCAUUGACAAUGCUGAAGAUGUGUUGAUCCUCAGGAAUCAGAACGUCAUCAACAAUUGCUUGGGAAACGACCAACUGGUUGCAGAUCUAUUUAACGAAAUCGCAAACAAUUUGGUCCCAAACCCUCAUACUUACGUUGAAGCUAAGCUUGGAAUUCAAAAUCAUUGCAGUAACAAGUUCAAGAAAUGGAUGGCGGAAGGUCACCACGUCCAUUUCAGAAACCCUUGGACGCUUCUUGCAUUAUCUGGUUCCCUUUUAUUCAUCGCGCUCACUGCCGCUCAGACUUAUCUUGCUGCAAUGGAGCUCAAACAAUGA